AUGGAUGUUCUCUUCGCACAGUCCGACCCACCACCGUCCCCACUUAGCUCUUCCAUUUAUCCGUCCUCCUCCUUCGCUUCUUCUUCUUCGCCGCCGUCCGUCUCAGGGAGAUCCACCGGUUUCGCCGCCUCUUCGAUUGUUUCCGUGCCGCAGAGAUUUCUGGCCACGAUUCAAUCCCUUAGGGUCCGGUACUUCCUCUUCGCCGCCGUAGCGGUGGUGAUGCUCCUGCUACCGCUGCUUUCCCUUGUCUCAGGUAACAGUCCAUGUUCAUCAUCUGGAGGGUGCCCAGGCGGCGCCAUCUCGAAUGCAAACCGGGCACUGCUCUCUGGUCUUCCUCAUCGCAAGUUUCUCAUUAGACGCUCGCUGCUGGCGAAGGAGGAGCCCAACAGGAUGUGGGGAGAGAAGUGUACGACGGCAGACAUAGUGAUAAACCAGGGCCCAACCUCUCCUCUCCCUAACGGGACACCAACUUACACCGUCGAGAUAAUGAACGUCUGCGUCACCGGCUGCGACAUUUCCAGGAUCCACAUUACCUGCGGCUGGUUCAGCUCCGCCCGUCUCGUCAACCCCAAAGUCUUCAAGCGCGUUCGCUACAACGACUGCCUUGUCAACAACGGCAAGCCUUUGCCCAACGGCGGCACCCUCUCCUUCGAGUACGCCAACACUUACUCCUACCCUCUCACCGUCUCUUCUGUGGUUUGCCGUUGA